AUGCAGGCGCUACAGAACCCAGAGCGGCCAUGUCUGCUCGGCAAGGUCAUCCAGCAGACCAAAGCCGCCAGCAAUGGCAACCACUCUGGGUACUGUGGGCUCGACGACGACUCCGACGUCACCGGUGCGACCACCGUCUGCGCGAGCACCUCGGAUCUGACGCACGCCGCGCGCGGCAUGAGCACGGACGCGAGGCGGCAAGAGGGCGCCGAGGCUGAGCUCCUGCGGCGCACGCUGCGCCGCCAGGCCCUCGCGAGACGCUGGCGGGCCUACCAGGAGCUGUCCGAGGCCCACCCCGCCCUGCUCUGCGCCGACGCCAAGUGCAAGCACUCUGGGCACGGGGGGCUCGACGACGGCUCCGACGUCACCGGUGCGACCACCGAGCUCCUGCGGCGGACGCGGCGCAAGGCCCUCGCGAGGCUCUGGCUGGCCUACCAGGAGUUGGCCGAGGCCCAGACCCUGUUCUUCGCCUGCCGCAUGGACGACGACGGCGACGACGACGACUCCGAGUUUGACCUCGCCGCCGCGGCCUCGGCCUUGCGGUGCGCUGAGCAGCCUGCUGCCGGCGCGGCGCGGCGCGGCCCCGCAGCCACGGUGGUGUCGCUGUGA